GAGAGACUUAAGCAUGCAAACCUUCGUCCGUCCGGCUUGCGCCCUCUUUUUCUUUACACACUGCUGGUCUUCAGAUGGCUGCUCCAAUGCCCCAUACGCACCAGCAGUACAGUGACCGCCACCAGCCAAGCACUGACCAAUCUGUUACGGUCUUACCGUACAGCGACCAGACACCACAGCUCACUGCCAAUCAGAGGCACAUGCCCCAGUGCUUUCGUGACCCAACUUCAGCUCCCCUGAGGAAGCUCUCCAUUGACCUUAUCAAAACAUACAAACACAUCAAUGAGGUGUAUUAUGCAAAAAAGAAGCGGCGACACCAACAGGGUCAGGGUGAGGACUCCAGUCACAAAAAGGAGAGGAAAGUAUUUAACGAUGGCUAUGACGAUGAUAACUAUGACUACAUCGUCAAGAAUGGGGAGAAGUGGAUGGACCGUUAUGAGAUUGAUUCCUUGAUAGGAAAAGGAUCAUUCGGACAGGUUGUGAAAGCAUACGACAGAGUAGAGCAAGAAUGGGUCGCUAUUAAGAUCAUCAAGAACAAGAAGGCUUUCCUUAACCAAGCCCAAAUAGAAGUGCGACUCCUGGAGCUGAUGAACAAACAUGAUACCGAGAUGAAAUACUACAUUGUUCACCUAAAGCGACACUUCAUGUUUCGAAACCACCUCUGCCUCGUCUUCGAGAUGCUUUCAUACAACCUAUACGACCUUCUCCGAAAUACCAACUUCCGCGGAGUUUCUCUCAAUCUCACCCGGAAGUUUGCCCAGCAGCUAUGCACGGCACUACUCUUCCUGGCCACGCCUGAGCUCAGCAUUAUCCACUGUGACCUGAAGCCAGAGAACAUUCUCCUCUGUAACCCUAAGAGGAGUGCCAUCAAAAUAGUGGACUUUGGCAGCUCAUGCCAACUGGGACAAAGGAUAUACCAGUAUAUCCAGAGUCGCUUCUACCGUUCCCCAGAGGUGCUUCUGGGAAUGCCCUAUGACCUGGCAAUCGAUAUGUGGUCCUUGGGGUGUAUCUUGGUAGAAAUGCAUACCGGAGAACCUCUCUUUAGCGGAGCAAAUGAGGUUGACCAGAUGAACAAAAUAGUUGAGGUUCUUGGCAUCCCACCUAAUCACAUAAUGGACCUAGCCCCAAAAGCCAGGAAGUUCUUUGAGAAGCUUUCGGAUGGGACAUGGAGUGUUAAGAAGACCAAAGAUGGCAAAAGGUAUAAGCCUCCAGCUUCACGGAAGCUCCACUCCAUCCUCGGUGUGGAAACAGGGGGUCCAGGUGGCCGGCGGGCGGGAGAGUCUGGCCAUGCCGUUGCUGACUACUUGAAAUUCAAGGACCUGAUCCUACGAAUGUUGGAUUAUGACCCCAAGAGUCGUAUCCAACCCUACUAUGCCCUGCAGCACAGCUUCUUUAAGAAGACUGCGGAUGAGGGGACCAAUACAAGCAGCAGUGUGUCAACAAGUCCCGCGUUAGAGCAGUCCCAGUCUUCAGGAACCACCUCCAGCACCUCCUCUAGUUCAGGAGGAUCAUCUGGAACUAGUACCAGUGGCAGAGCAAGGUCAGACCCUACCCAUCACCACUUGCACAGUGGAGGACACUUUGGCACGACCAUGCCUGCCAUGGAUGGUGACAGCCUCUGUCCACAGGCAAGACAGCCUUACCCACCUCCACUGGUGUGGGGAGGCGGCGUUGGACCGGAGUCGGUCACUGGAGAAACCCACCCAGUUCAGGAGACCACCUUCCACGUUCCCCCUCAACACCCCAAGGCCCUGCAUCCCCACUCCCAUUUUCAUCAUCACCAUGGGCAGAUGAUGGCGACGCGUCCGCGCCCACGCCACUACACCUCCCCGACACAUAGCUCUUCAACGCAGGACUCCAUGGAGGUGGUUCAUGGCCAUCUGUCCAUGACCUCCCUGUCUUCCUCUGCCUCCUCUUCCUCAACAUCAUCCUCUUCCACUGGGAACCAUGGGAACCAGGCCUACCAGCUCCGCCACUUGCCCGCCGGAGCCCUGGACUUUGGUCAGAACGGUGGGCUGAGCAUGGGGCUAGGUGCCUUCUCGAACCCACGACAGGAGACUGGCAUGGCAGCGCACCCUGCAUUCUCCAUGGGCACGAACACAGGGCCUGGCCAUUACCUAGCGGAAGGCCACCUCGGCAUGAGGCAGGGCAUGGACCGGGAGGAGUCUCCAAUGACUGGAGUAUGUGUGCAGCAGAGUUCUAUGGCCAGCUCGUGACUGCACUGACAUUUGGCUGUGUGUUCCCCCUGUGCGUCAUUUUUAAGGUGGUGUUUUUUACUACAAGGUGUGUUGAGAACAAAAGCUGCUCACGUCAGAAGGGAGAUAUCACUGAACCGCUACAACAGAGAAAAAACCUUUGUUAAAAGUAUAUAUGUAAUUUUUAUCAGUUUUUUCUUUUGCAAUCAUUAGGCACAAAAUAAUACUGCGGAAUAACCAUAGUGAGAUUGAGACAUCCAUCUUACCAUUUCACCAAUUUCAUGUAACCACAAAGUAAUCACCAUAUGGUAUUAUGUGGCAAAAUCUUCUAAAUGAGCAUUUCAGGAGCAAAGAUGGAGGCUGUUUCGCAGCUAGCUGUUGGUGAGGAAAUGCUUGGCGUCUUUAGGUUCAAACUGUGGAGCGCCUGACAUUACUGUUCCACCGUCAGUAAUUAUUUUUGCCCUUUUUUUUUUUUUUUUGUCUUUUUUUUUUUUUUUGCUACUCAAAAUGAAAUUCACAUAAAAGCUGCUUGUAAAUCCUGUAGCUUGACAACGAGGGGAAGUUUUUUUGCGGUGAUAUUUCUUGUUGGUCGGUUUUGUGUGACUCUGUUAAAGGGGAGCACAUAGCAGUGGAGUCCCUACGCAUGUGCUGGCCUGGUGACAAGGAAGAUUCCCCGCGGGGUGGAACUGACACCAGCCGGGGUUAAAGGAGGAGGGAGGCACCACCUCCUCAUGCCCAGCGGCCCUGUUGCCCCGCAGGAUGCAACUGGGGGCCCAGCACAGGCGAGAGCAGCGAUGGGCACGGGAGACGGAAGGAUCCGGCCCGGUGAAAGGAAGACAGUCAGUGGCUGGUUCUAGAUAACCCUUUGGCCUUAUGACUCAUGGACUUGGAAUGAAAAUGGAGCUGGACAUUAUCAUUUGAAUUAAGAUGGCUUUCUCUAUUUUUUAUUUUUUUUCCUCUCUAGACAGCCCUUAAUUCUGUAAGGAAAUUAAACCAACUUAGAAAAGGUAAAUAAGAAUGGUAAUCUGAGGCCUUUCUCAAAGAUUUCGUCUUCAGCAGGGGCCCCACAUAACAGGGUCUUAUUGUACACAACAACCUCCUAAACAUUACUUCCUUAAAAUUCACUGGUUAAGGAUUUUGCAGUGGAAAGAACUUUCUAUUCCAGAGUCUACCUUUUUUUUGUUUUCUUUUGUUUUUUUAAUGCCCCACCCUCUUUUUUGCAUGUAGUCCCUCAUCAGAAACCACCUGCACAAGUCUCUCCAUCCAAAACAUGGAAACUGAAGAAAAAAAUGAUUUAAGUGACUGCCUUUUUUUCUCCUCAAAUUAUGCUGUGAAUUUUACAAGGAUUUAUUUUCCCUUUGGAUAUGUUUUUAUACCAAAGCAGUUGUUUUAUAGCAUAUAGGUGUCUGUAACCAAUAAUGUAGCAGUUCACCACUUUGACGCAAAAGUUUAUUGAGAUCUUAUUUUAACGUCAACACAAACAGCUGCAAUAUAUUACUUUUAGCAAAACUGGAGACCAUCGUUGAGACCGUUGGCUAUUGUGUAUUCUGGCCAGAUUUGUUUGCAACCUUUACCAAAACUUGUUUUUUCCAUAAUAAUUGGUAGAUUAUUUUGGGAGUCUUUUAAAAACUUUGGUAUGUUAGAGAACUUGGUAGUUACUCUGCAGGCUACAGAGUAGCAAGAUAGAAGCUGAUGGUUUAAAAAGAAAAAAAAGGAGACUAAUGCGUUCUAUUUCUGUGUUGUUGUUUUUUUUUUCUUUUACCCCUCCCCCUUCCCCGUCAUCAUACUAUUUCAAAGGGUGUUGCUGCCUUUCAUACAUCAUUUGGUCAACUUAGCUAGUUUCUGCCGUUAAGCAAGACUUUGUCAUUGUCUUGCCAGGGUAAGGGUAUUUGUGGUAAACCAGUUUGUGUUGAAUGGUAUAGUUCUGAUUUGGUUGGACAAAUCCCCAUGAUUGUCCUUUUCAAAGGGGGGAAAAAAAGGUGUCUUGUCAGCCCAACCAUAACGGUGCUUUUCUAAGCAGACAUGCAUGUCCUCAACAUUAAUCAAUGACCAGAAAUAUUUUUUUUUUAUAUCAGGGAUUUUAAAGUGCUUUCUUUGUUCUGUUGUUGAUUUUUACCACUUUUAUGAAAUUUGAAAAAUAAAAACUAACAUAAAAAAAAACUGCCCACUGUCACCUUGCCAAUUAAGGGCAGGUCACAGGUCAUGCUGUUGUCAUUUUCUAAGAGAAACCAUCCUUUUAGAAGUCAUGCUUGGUAUUUCCACGAACACAAAUGUAAAGCUACCUAUAUUGAAGAUUGGGGUUUGAUCUGGAUGUCAAGGUUAAUUGCAGAUUUGCAAUCAUUUUUUUCAUACCCCACUGAAUUUGAGACAUUUAGAUCUUUGUCAGUGGAUUUUAUUACUGGCAUUCAUACUGGUACUAAACAUUCCAAAAAUAAAGACUGAAAAAGAAAAAAAUUGACUGCAGUGACUCGUAAGUGUGCGCCUAUUUCAGAUCAUGCUGAUUGACCUCUUAUUUAGAGCAGUUGUCAUGAAAUGCAGCCCCUUUUUAAUAGUUGAAAUAGAAUUUAUGUAUAUAUUUAUAUUUUUUUAAUAAAGGAAGUAUAGAACUCACUACCUUGCUCCUGCUGGUAUGUUGAUUAUGUUUGUCAAUUUGGUGACCAUUCAGUGGGCAGGAACUCCUGUUUUCUUAGUGGCAAAACCUUGCCUUUUGGCAAAGGUACUUGACUACAUCAGGACAACACUAUGAGGUAGGGUUUGAAUCAAACAGGGAAAGCUAGAUCUUCAAACCUUAAUAAUUUUCACAGGGUAUAUUGUAAGUGCAUGUACAUCACAAACCUUAAUUUUUGGUUAUAUGAGAAGCACAUGGUUGAAAAAAAUGGUUCCAUCGUUCAAAAGCCUGUUGAGUUUGUGAAUUACACACAAACAGAUAAUUGUUGACAUAUCUAAACACCCAACCGAAGUUGAAAUCCUUUUUUUUUCUUUAACUUGGAUUUAGCAUUAUUUUCCCCAUCUUAUUUUUAUUUUAUUUCACUCUUUUUCACUUUUUUUGUACAUGCAACAUGCACUAUAGAAUCGAACAGCAUGGGGGAAAGGAUAAGUCCAUGUAUCCACAGAUUGUAAGAUCUAGUCAAGACUUUGCUGUGUUUAUGACAAUGCCCUUUGUAUUAUAUUAAGACAGUCUUAUGUAUGAUAUAUAAAAGAAGUUAAUUGAA